UGGUCAUCGGUGAACACGGAAAACGUGACUUCGCAGUCUGCAUCAUCGCAAAAUUACCAAUUCAGUUCUCGCUUUGGCGGCAAGGGUUGGCGAUUGUCGUCGAGUGAGUUUCGGUUGUCGACCGGAGUCCUUUUUGAAAAAAGAUGUUCCCCUUUCCGAAGCUGUCUUCAUCCUUUGGCUUGAUUGGCAACGAUCCUAAACUCGCUUUCCGCACCCAGCCUGGGGGGAUAACAAAGUUGGCAGAGGUGAGAAAUAUUGCAGAGACGGACGAUGCCUACUGGUCACAGUAUGUCCAACUAUUUGAUAGUGCCACUGACGUUUAUACACUCAUAACAUCCCAGGACAUCCGUCGAGCUCUCGUCGAAGCGCCUGAGAAUGUAAAGACACUUAUCAAUGUUAUCACUCAUCGUCUCUUCAACCUUAUUUCCGACCAUACCUUCCCCUCUCCCCCAGCAACCCUCGCUUCUGGGAUCACUAACCUAAGCCCAAUCUCUCCAUGGGCUCAAAAGGAGAGGGACCCUACAAAGGAAGUGCUUAAUUGUCUACGCGUUCUGGGUCGCAUCAUACCUGUCGUAUUUGAUUACGAGGAGGCAUUCGAAGAGGAGUUAUUUUGGAUGCAGAAACCUGUUCCGGGCUUGUCCUCGAGUGAUGUGGACGUUUCCAGUCGCUCGAGCGAGCCCCAGUUUGUUAUCGAUGAUGAGGACGAAGGCGAGCGGUCUUCACAGCCCACCCUACCGGAGGAUCCUCAAAGCAUUCAGCCCAAGAAACAACUCCAACCAUGUCUAGCCGAACGGCUUUUUUCAAGCACGAUUGAUUUGAUGUUCUGUUGUGGAUUUACACUACCAACUUCGAUACAGGUUGACCAUCACAAGAUUAACUAUGUGAUUUGGGAUAAAGGCAUAGGGUCCACAACGGCCGUUGGGUCCAGCGGUCAACUAGAAUCCAACAAAUCAGAAGUCCUCCGCUUCCUUCUUAUUCUCCUCUCCAAGACAAUGUAUCAUGCUCCUGCAACCGUCCUCACUCUUCCGAAUAGAUACGCCUCUCAUUUUGUCCACAAGACUCCUCGCCGUCUUGUUCUUUCGAUUUUAUGCUCUCUUCUCAAUACCUCUAUGAACGGUGAGGCCAGUGCGGGUUGGACCGGAAUGGUGGAUAAGAUGCCUUACAAUCACCUCAUUAUGGCGAAAAAGGCUGAUGAGGGCAGAGCUGGUCUUGUCGGAUUGUGUUUAGACGUCUUGUGUGUCCUGCUGGACUACCAGGUUGGUGAUGCGGCCGACUCAGGGGGGGCCAAUGCCCCUGGGGAAAGGGGGACGCCUACAACUCAGUCCAAUGCAUUCAGGUACUUUUUGGCAAAGUUGCACCGUCCAACUGAUUUCGAUUUCGUCCUUAAUGGGGUGUUGCUGACCCUGGAAACUGACCUGUCAAGUGCCAGCAAUCUCCUGCCAGGAUCCACGCGGCCUGUACCUUACAUUCUAGAAACAUUCAUUUUUCUGUGGAAGAUGAUUGAGCUCAAUAAGAAAUUUCGUGCGCACCUGCUUGAAUCGGAGAAAUUAUUGGAUCUGAUCGCAUACCUCCUUUGCUUCUGCCUCGAGAACAAAGAUAAACCUCAGCAUCACGGGUUAUGUCGCGCCUUGUCAUAUGUCGUUCAAUCAUUAUCUGCGGAGAUGCGGUUCGCCAUGAGAUUACAAGAUGUUAUGCCUGCCCGAAUACCCAUUCCGUCAAAAUGGCAGGCCUUAGGUUCCGCAGGAGACUUCUUCAUUACCUCCAUUUACUCAAUCGUCGCUACAACUUCUGGGUCUCUUAAUUCUCUAUAUCCCGCCCUAAUUAUCGCCAUCUCUAAUGUCGCCCCAUAUUUUCAAAACCUGACGGUGAUAUCUGCGACGAAAUUGAUCCAUCUCUUUACUGCAUUCUCAAAUCCGAUGUUCCUUUUGGCUGAUGAUAGUCAUCCCCGGCUUGUCUUCUUCAUGUUGGAAGCACUCAACGGGAUAUUGUUCCAUCAAUUAGCGUCGAACCCUAAUGUGGUAUAUGCAAUAUUGCGCUCUCACAAGAUCUUUGAAGAGAUGGGUACAUUCACUUUGGUCAAAGGUCUACGAGAAAUCCGCCGCGUCCAAGAACUCAAGGAAGAACGGGCUCGGCAGUCUGCCAGAAAGCAGAAGAACGCCGCUGCCAACUCAGAUACGAACGCGGCGGAAGACACAAAGGACUCACUACUCCUGAGCAACGAAGGGAUGGGUGAAGUGACAUCCGUUACAGGGCGUGGGUCAGGUGAAACUAUAACACAAGUUCCGACCUCCGAUUCCCGCGAUUCGUUGCCGCGACGGAGUUCAAGCGAAGCGAGAGAUUUGACCGCGAUGUCUGAGAAAACGAGGGGAAAGAUGCGAGAACGAUCUAUCUCGAUUGAUCUACUAGAUCCUGAGCUGGAGAGGAUAGCUGCGGCAGGUAUUGGGAAAAAUGGUUUUGUGCCAACGCAGGAAUGGGUCACAUCCUGGCAACAAGGACUGCCUCUGGAUCCAAUCCUCCUCACCAUCUCCGAGCUCCUUCCACGGAUAACUGAAAUCGCUGGCUCUGGGUCUAGGCACGCUUCGAGUCGAAGGGUAUUAGACUAUCUCAAAUCUGUUACGCUGGAGGGCAUACUACCCCCUGCCCCUUCUCUGAACCCCCGCCGUUUCCAGUGGUCGGACGCGUCCAUGGUAUGGUUAAGCUCUCUGAUAUGGGGGGAAGUUUACGUCCGGGGAUCGAAUGUUUUAGGGGUGUGGAACGGAAGGAACGUGAGAUUGUUUGGUGUUCGGCACACACCCACGCCGCGAGGGGUUGGCGAAGCGGUACAGAACGUUGUCGGCGGUAUGUUUGGAAGUGGCUCAAGCAAUGACCAAAUCCCAGCGACUGGGACCCCCCUGCAGAGGCUAAAUCCGAGCAGAUAAACCAGCUCUAUAUUGGAUUGGAUGUAGUCUGAUUCAUCAAUUAGGCACCGAUUCAGCAAUGCGAUAAAUUAGAGCAAGAGACUGUAGGCGUGUCAUGGUGGAUUUAGUCCAGCAUGCGUCUUGACAAACUGCAUAAGGGUUGGCUGUGCGAUUCUGCCAUGCACCUAGAACUCACCCAAACAUCAGAUUUGACCUUCCAGAUCUUCUUUUCCUUCACUGCAAUCUCCCCAAUCUUAGUUUCGAUAGCAUUUUUACGUAAUAAUGGGACUCCCGG